UUAACCAUGGGUAGUAAUAGAAGUAGAUAGAUGAGAAACUAUGGUAUUAUUAGUGAUAGAAGAGCCACAUGCAUGAAAACAAACAAUGAAUGGAAAAACAGCAACAACGAUGACUUCUCCCGCCGUCCCUCUCCCCGUCUCCACCACAUCCACACCGUCAACCGCCGCCACUCAAAUCCGCGUCGCCGCAAAACAGAAAGAGUGGAACAAAGCAAUCAGCACAAGCAUCCGUUCACGUCUCAGCAAACUAUGCCGAGAAGGCCAACCUCACCUCGCUCGUCAACUCCUCGAAUCUCUUCCCCGUCCUUCCACCGUCGUCUGGAACUCCGUCAUCAUCGGUUUCAUCUGUAACAAUAUGCCUCUCGAAGCUCUUCUUUUGUACGCUCAAAUGAGAUCCAAACCAGACACUCGUUUUGAUCCUUACACUUUCUCCUCCACUCUCAAAGCUUGUGCAUUAACCAAUGAUGUUAUUACCGGUAAAGCUAUUCAUUCUCAUUUUCUUCGUUCUCAUUCCAGUACUAACCCUGGUCCUAGUAGAAUUGUUUACAAUUCGCUUUUGAAUAUGUACUCUUCUUGUCAACAUGAUUAUGUCCUCAAGGUGUUUGGUGUAAUGCGUAAACGAAAUGUUGUUGCUUGGAAUACUUUGAUUUCUUGGUAUGUUAAGACCAAUCGGUAUCACGAAGCCGUUGAUGCUUUUGGUACUAUGAUUAGUCUUUCCGUUGCGCCUACUCCUGUUACUUUUGUUAAUCUCUUUCCUGGUUUAUCGAAAUUCGGUGAUUCUAGAAUUGCUCAUUUGUUUUAUGGAUUUCUUCUCAAAUUUGGUAAUGAGUAUGUUAAUGAUGUGUUUGUUGUUAGUUCUGCGAUACUUAUGUUUGCUGAUCUUGGUUGCAUGGAUUAUGCUCGUAAGGUUUUCGACCAAUGUUUGAACAAAAAUACUGAGAUUUGGAAUACUAUGAUUGCUGCUUAUGUUCAGAAUAACUGCCCAGUUGAAGCAAUUGAUGUGUUUGUUCAAGCCUUGGAGUCAGAGGAAGAGGAGGGUUUCUGCGAUGAUGUAACUUUGCUCUCUGUUAUUACUGCUGUUUCACAGGUGCAGCAAAUUAAAUUGGCUGAGCAGCUGCAUGCGUUUGUUCUAAAAAGUUUGCCUGCUUCGCUAAUUAUAAUUCUCAAUGCUAUAAUGGUUAUGUACUCGAGAUGCAAUCUUAUUAAUACUUCGUUCAAGGUUUUUGAUAAGAUGUUGGAAAGGGACGCUGUUUCGUGGAAUACAAUAAUAUCUGCCUUUGUACAGAAUGGUUUCAAUGAGGAGGCGCUUAUGCUUGUUUGUGAGAUGCAGAAGCAAAAGUUUUUGAUUGAUUCUGUUACCGUGACUGCUCUUUUUUCUGCAGCUUCUAAUCUUAGGAAUAUGUAUAUUGGAAGGCAAACUCAUGCAUAUUUGAUUCGCCGUGGGAUACAGUUUGAGGGGAUGGAGAGUUAUUUGAUAGAUAUGUAUGCAAAAUCCGGCUCAAUUAGGACUUCUGAAUUGUUGUUUGAGCAUAACUGCCCGAGUAAUAAAGACCAGGCCACAUGGAAUGCUAUGAUUGCUGGUUAUACUCAGAAUGGGCUCAAUGAGAAAGCUAUUCUUCUUCUUAAUGAGAUGUUGGUGCAAAAGGUACUACCAAAUGCGGUGACAUUGGCAUCAAUUCUUCCUGCUUGUAGUUCAAUGGGAAGCAUGGGAUUCGCUAGGCAAAUUCAUGGAUUCUCCAUCCGUCAUUUCUUGGAGAAAAAUGUUUAUGUGGGAACUGCUUUAACUGACUCAUAUUCCAAAUGUGGUGCAAUUAGUUAUGCUGAAAAUGUUUUUGUGAGAAUGCCCGAGAAGAAUUCGGUCUCAUACACCACAAUGAUAAUGUGCUAUGGUCAGCAUGGGAUGGGUAAGAGAGCUCUUACCCUGUACGACUCUAUGCUGAGAUCUGGCAUUAAGCCUGAUGCAAUUACUUUCGUUGCCAUCUUGUCUGCUUGUAAUUACUCUGGAUUGGUUGAUGAAGGCCUUCAAAUAUUUGAAUCUAUGGAGAAAGUACAUAAAAUUAAGCCUUCAAUCGAACAUUAUUGUUGUGUUGCCGACAUGUUAGGGAGGGUUGGAAGGGUGAUUGAAGCCUAUGAGUUUGUUAAGGGACUGGGUGAGGAUGGUAACAGCAUGGAAAUCUGGGGAUCUAUUCUUGGGUCAUGUAAAAAUCACGGGCAUUUUGAAUUGGGAAAAGUUGUUGCCAAAAAAUUGCUGAAUAUGGGUAGGGAGAAAAGAAUGGCAGGAUAUCAUGUUCUGCUCUCAAAUAUUUAUGCAGAGGAAGGAGAGUGGGAAAAUGUUGAUAGAGUGAGAAAGCAGAUGAAGGAAAAUGGUUUGCAAAAAGAAACAGGAUGUAGUUGGGUUGAGAUUGCUGGGUUUGUAAACUGCUUUGUAUCUAGAGAUGAGAAGCACCCUCAAAGUGAUGAAAUAUGUUAUAUGUUGGACAAGUUGACUAUGGACAUGAAGGACGCGGGUUACAAACCACUUUACGGCUUAAAUUUAAAUAUGAUUUUGGAUUCUAAUGAAUGAAUUGAAUAAUUAUCACAAGUUUUUAUCAGAGGGAGGUGGUGGUUGGUUUAUGGUGGGAAUUGUUAUGAAAGUAACAACUGAUAAUAGUUUCUGGACCUGCAUAAAUUUAUCCUAUGUACACCACAACAGCCACUUGUUUGAAACACUUAGGCUGUUCAUUCAUUUGAAACAGAUUGUAAUUGGUUAAAAAAUCAAACCAUUCAUGUAUAUUACGACUGUGAAAUAAUUACUUACAAGUUUGAUCAUACUUUUAUCUCCAAUUCAAGAAACUGUGGCUACAUCUAGGUUGAAUAUUGUUGUUUCGAAUUUGUUUGGGGUCCAGGUACAUGAUAGGGUUACAACACUAGGACUAAAGUCUAAAAGCAGGAUGAUGAGUAAGUUUUCUUGUUUCUCUCUCACUGGAUGCUCGGUAAGAAUAUUGUAUUGUUUUGGAUUUCCUUUUUACAAAUGAGUACUAUGGAAUAUGGCAAGCUGUCAGAUUUUAUCAGAGGGACCUAUCUUUCUAUAAGGAGGAAAAAGGUUCUAUGAAAGGUUGUGUUUAACUUUAACAGUUCUAAUUAGUGUUUUAAAUUUGGUUAAUUCUACUUCUUAAUUCUUCUCAGAAUUCAGAAGUCUAGAUUCUUUGUCCUUAACCAUGCUCCAUGGUUGUCAUUAGGCUAUGUAAACUCCUGUCUGUUAAAGUCACGUCAAGUCUGAGAAGGCAUGAUUUAGGGGCUCAAUUUGACAUUUUCACAUAAACUACAUCAGUAUUUAUCCUCUCUGCUUUGACAUGUACAGAACACAGUCUACAUGUCUAUUCAGUUGGAUGUAUAAAUUUCCAAUAGGUCUGACCUUAGACUAAAUGUAAAUUCAAUGGUGUCUAUAUAAAACAAAAUACCAUGUAUGCUCAUAGUCAUAGCAGUUUAUAUUGGAAAUGUGCCAAUAUAAAAAGUUUUGUUUGUGACUAAUUUGUGACUUGGUGAUUUUUUUUAUGUGAUGAAGAGUCAAUAUUAGUUAAAUAAUUGGAUAUUAGAUAUCUGAACAAGGAGCGCACAUUAUAUAGAGAGAAUUUGAGAGAACUAUAACUCUAUUUAUCUGUAUUAUUCUUCUAUUCAGGUAAUGUUGCAAUUACAAUAAGAUGCAAUCUACUUUUAAUUCAUCAGUUUAAUAAUUAGCAAAAAUCUGAAUACCUGCAGUACCGUAACUUGAACAAGUGUAUUUGAUGCUGUAGAUGACUUGUAUCUUGAAGCCAUGUAAUUUUGAUCCACAUUCAAACAAUUCUUUAUGAAUUUCACUUUACUAAAAUAAAUGGUGUAUUUUAGUUUAGAUUAUGAAGUGCAGAACUAUAUCAGCUACCUGUCAAUUGUUAUUAUGAAGGAAUGACUAAGAUUUUAAUACCAUAGUUUUUUUUAUGCAUGUACAUAUAUUCUAUUUUGUUCUAUCUAUUGGUAUCAGUGCCUCUCGAUCGGACCAUGGAUCACCAACCGUUUAUAUACAUGCACUAAAUCCAAAAAGGUGUUGGACGUGAAGAGGUAAACCCAAAAGACCGUUGGGCUUGAAGGUGUGUAUUUGGAAAAUUUCAAAUCCCACAUUGGAUAAACAUAGAGCAUUGAAAGAGUUUAUGGUACUGUUUGGCAUGACAUUUUUUGAGUUUAUAAUUUAUAGUUUAUAAGGUCAUAUGACAAAAUAAAAGACCUGGUUGGUAUCACAAACUUUUAGCUUAUUUUACUAACUUAUAGUUAUUUUUCAGAAGCUAUUUCAAAUAGCGUUUUAUCUUAUAGUUUAUAGCUUAUAAUUUUUUUUCCA